AUGCAUCUCACGGGCGGCGAGCGCGCCGCUUUCUUCCCAAAGGCAGAUGCGGCCGUCCUCGCAUCGAGGCACUCUCCGCCGGCAACAUCCGAGCGUCCAACCACCACAGCACCAAUACUUGAUCUUGAGAAUGCCGAAAAACCUCUUGAUCCGUGGACUCCGGAGCAAGUCACAGCCGUGUAUCCAGGCCACCACGACCUCUGGACACCAGCGCCCAUACCCGCUAAAGCGCAAUGUCCUUCCCAGUGCUAUGCGAACCGCUACCUCUUCCCCGUGUUGACGCGGAACGAGAGGUUGAGGCUAACAUUACUCUACUACUAUACGCGCGGGGCGUUCGAGGAUGUAGAGCUGAUGUCCCGCCUUCAAGAGAAGGUUUAUCUUGCGCACGAGACAAUAGGUUGGGAGUUUGUUAUUGCUGGCCUCCUCAACCACAGCACAUACACUCGGAUGGUCACUGUGAACCUUCCCCUCGCAAUUCUACCCCGUCGAGAGAGUACCUGCGCCCACACCAUCAACCAACCACCAGGCACUGUCUUCGCCUUGCAAAACAUGGCCAAUGACUGGCGGUUCGAAAAGUCGCCGCAUGUCGAGCAGGGUGGUUUGCGCGCGUAUGCUGGUGUGCCCUUAAGAUUCGAGACCGAAUUUGGAGAACAUGUAGCUUUUGGCUCCCUAUGUGUCGCUUCUAAUUCUCCCCAAGAACCGCUUUCCAAAACAGUACAGCAGGCUCUUGCUAGACUCGCUGACUGGAUUGUUGCGGACCUAGUACACAGUGCCAGAAGUCGCCGCCAACGAGAACGGAGACGGAUGCUUGAGCUACUCUCUCAAGCUCAGCAGCAGUGCGACGACCAUGUCAAUAUGGAGGAAGCGAUACCUCGGAUGCUCGAGGAAGUGUACCUCAACACAGAAGUGAGUAUCAACCAGACCAUAGACAGCCAAAUCAUCCUUGGUGGUGGUGUAAAAUUUCGCACUUCUGAGCUGGAACAGGGCCUUUGGGAAGACACUGCUUACUUUGACUAUGCCAUUGAGAAGCUGAAUCAUUUGGAUAUGACUGCGCCGCACGCUGUACGAGCUAUUGCGGCACAGUGCACUACCCAACGAGCGGCAAUGUUCCUUGUAGUAGCCAGCAACGAUCUCAAGAUGGUAUUUGAUGAUAUCGAUUCGUGUGGAUUUGUACUGAUGCAUUCCUACAUGCAGGCGAUAUUGUGUCAAUAUUGGCAAGGCCGCGCACUCCAAGAGGCACUCAGCGCCAAGGAAACAUUUCUCCGCGGUAUCACGCAUCAACUUCGAACGCCAAUUCAUGGCAUCCUUGGUUCAGUCGAGCUUUUGACGGAAGAAUUGAAAUCACGAAACGUGGUCCCAUCGACGGCUGCCUCGUCACCCACUGCCAGCCCAGACAUCGAACAGCUAGACCCCUACACCUACAUCAAGACCAUCAAGACUUCAGCAAGAGAGCUCAUCUCAACAGUAAAUAGCCUCAUCAAAUUGAAUCAAUGGGCAGAUAUCGCGCAGGCGGAACGCGUUCUCACGAUGCAUACGAUCUCCGAGAUCGAAGACGCUUUGCUCAAGGAAACCAUAUUAGGACUUUCAGACGAUCUAUCGACAAGGCCAUCGAUCGUGAUGCAGCACCGUCUUCCCACAAGCUGCGACUUGCUUACGAUUGAUAUGCGGGUUUUUCUGGACUGCAUCCAGCCACUCAUGGUCAACGCUGCUCAGAACGCUGCUGGCGGCAUGGUAGCAGUGACCUUGUCAGUUACGGAAGGCUGCCGGUCUCUCGUUGUAGAUGUCGAGCACAGUGGGCGUACGGCAUCCAAGGGAAACUAUGACCGCGUUUUCGACGCCCACGAGAAGAUCGAUCUCAGCGGUACCGAAUCUACCUUGAGAUUGACGUUGGCGAGCAAGGCAGCAACCCUUUUAGGUGGCGAGAUCACACUGGUGGGCUCGAGCCAAGGUCCAGGCUCGCAUAUCAAAGCUACAUUCAACGAGCCCAUAUGUGCCAGCUCAUUACCACGGUCUCGUGCAGUAAAGGACAAAUUUACCCGACUUCCGCCAACUUUUCACCACCUCGCGUCCGAGUCCUCAACAUCGUCUCUAGGCCACUAUUUCACUCAGUAUCUUUCAAGUGCUGGCUGGUCAGCGUCUAAGGAGCUCCAUAACAGUUUCGUUAUCGUCGACUAUACACCAAAUCUUGCUGAACUUUAUAGGCAUACGUCAAGUAUAGACGCGGAACAGGUUGCGAUUUGCCUCGUUCCGGAAUGCGCAUGCUUUCUCGACUUUCAUACUGAACGUGUAAGACGGCAGGGGAACGUUGUCUAUGUUCAAGGCCCGUUCUUGUCAGAGACGUUUGAACAAGCGCUGGAACACGCAGAUGUGAUUUCGGCUGGAUUCCGAUCGUCCACACCGGAUACAGCGGUCUGCGCAGCCGGCGGGGUCGCCAUUGAGCAAUUCAGCCCAUCCGCUGCAUCCCAUACGAGCCGCCGUCCAAGCUUUCCAUCCGAGCGAGGCUCGAUAUUUCCAGAGAAGCUACAAACGGAACUGGCGCAAUCUGUACGAAACUUGCGCAUUCAAACCAGGCAUUCGUCCACUACGACACAGGUCUCAACGGCAUCGAGCAAACCCUUGACACUACUUGUCGACGAUAAUGCGGUCAAUCUCCGACUACUAGAGAUGUACUGCAGUCGCCGUGGCAUACCAUUCCGAAGUGCAAAGGAUGGGCAUCAGGCUGUCAACAUCUUUUCCGAUGCUCUCAUACCCAAGUACGAUCCGCUACUACGACAAUACCUACCCCAACAACCUUUCAAGCUUAUCCUCAUGGAUCUUCAGAUGCCUGUAUGUGAUGGCAUCGAUGCAACGAAACAAAUACGACGGCUUGAGAAACAGCAUAAGCACGAGAGAAGUGUGCUAUUCAUUGUUACUGGCCAAGAUUCUUCGAAUGAUCGCAAAGCUGCAGACGAAGCUGGCGCGGACGAGUUUCUGACCAAGCCAGUAGGGCCCAAAGUCCUUGAUCAAUGGGUAAAGAAGUGGUUUCCUGAACUGGAAAGUUGA